GUACCUAAAAAAUAAAAACACGGAAGUGACGUUGAGGCUCACGGGACUCAGAUUGAACCACUGGAUUACAGUAAACUGAGGACGCGAGAGGAGAGACAGAGGGAGGUGAGAGCCGCAGAAAUCAAACGGUGAAGUAGAGAAGAGGAGCAGGAGUGGGGCUGGUAUCUGAGCCUUUUCCAGACGCAGCGUGGGACAUGCUAACCAGCCUGCCCACAGAAGGACCAUGCAUCCCGUCUCCUUCAGCUGUUCCCUGAUCUUCAACAGAAGCCUCCAUCAUUGAAGCCCCUCUGGCUUCCCUUCCUCUUGGCGGGUGGCCGCCCAUGCACACACACAGCACUAUGGGUAGCUCCCCGGAGGUGCUGUCCUGGACGUCCUGCCCCAGCCUGCUGGUGGGAAAGCUAAAAGAGGAACUCAAGCUCACUGUGGUGGGGGAUGCUCUGAAGAAGUCCAACCCUAACACUUCUCCUUCCCCCCAAGCCCCACCUCUCGCACCUCCCCCACAGAUCAUCACAGACCUGGCCCCUCCCACCAACCUCCCUGUUACCCUGCAGCAGCUUCAGCCACCGGGUAGGGACGAGCUGGACUCGGGCCUGAGCGGGACAAGCCCACCAUGCACGGCCCUGAGCGAAGACUCCACCAGAGAACAGGGACACUUUGACAACAGCGUUCUGCAGCUCCAGGAGCAUGAGGACGCUGAAUCACCUGGCUCCUGCGGACAGGGAGGAUGCGGCAGCGGCGGGGAGGAGGGCACAGAGGAAGGAGGGAAUGGAUGCCCCAUGGAGCACACCGAGGACGGCAUGCACCACCACCAUCACGAUGACAUCAAACUGCAGUUUCACAGGGCUGGCACGGGUGGUGGGGGGUUUCUCGAAGGGCUCUUUGGCUGUUUGAGACCUGUGUGGAACAUCAUAGGAAAGACUUACUCUACGGAAUACAAGCUUCAGCAGCAAGACAUGUGGGAGGUUCCCUUUGAGGAGAUUUCCGAGCUGCAGUGGUUGGGAAGUGGAGCACAGGGUGCCGUCUUUCUCGGCAAGUUCCGCUCAGAAGAAGUGGCCAUCAAGAAAGUCAGGGAACAGAAAGAGACGGACAUCAAGCAUCUUCGCAAGCUGAAACAUCCCAACAUCAUUGGCUUCAAAGGGGUGUGCACACAGGCUCCGUGUUACUGCAUCAUAAUGGAGUACUGUGCUCAGGGUCAACUGUAUGAGGUUCUUAGGGCAGGCAGGAAGAUCACACCACGUCUUCUGGUAGACUGGGCCUCAGGCAUCGCCAGCGGCAUGAACUACCUGCAUCUCCACAAGAUCAUCCAUAGAGACCUCAAAUCACCAAACGUUUUGGUCACGCAUAAUGACGCUGUGAAGAUCUCAGACUUUGGGACAUCAAAAGAGCUAAGUGAUAAGAGCACAAAGAUGUCAUUUGCUGGCACGGUGGCCUGGAUGGCUCCAGAGGUGAUCCGUAAUGAGCCUGUGUCUGAGAAAGUAGACAUCUGGUCAUUUGGAGUGGUGUUAUGGGAGCUCCUGACUGGAGAGAUUCCCUAUAAGGAUGUGGACUCCUCAGCCAUUAUCUGGGGUGUGGGGAGUAACAGCCUGCACCUUCCAGUGCCCUCCACCUGUCCUGACGGCUUCAAGAUACUCAUGAAACAGACAUGGCAAGGUAAGCCCAGAAACAGACCGUCCUUCCGACAGAUCCUGCUGCACCUGGACAUCGCCUCAGCAGAUGUGCUGGGAGCUCCACAGGAGACAUACUUCAAAUCUCAGGCGGAGUGGAGAGAGGAAGUGAAAAAGCACUUUGAGAAGAUAAAGAGUGAAGGAACAUGUAUCCAUCGGCUGGAUGAAGAACUUAUACGACGCAGGAGAGAUGAACUCAGACAUGCGCUGGACAUUCGAGAGCAUUAUGAGAGGAAGCUAGAGAGAGCUAAUAACCUGUACAUGGAGCUGAGUGCAAUCAUGCUGCAGCUAGAAGUACGGGAGAAGGAGCUUAUGAAAAGAGAACAGGCUGUUGAGAAGAAAUACCCUGGAUCCUACAAACGCCACCUGGUUCGUCCCAUCGUCAGGCCCAAUGCAGUUGAGAAACUUAUUAAGAAGAAAGGCAGUGUAAGCCACAAACCUGGCACACCGAUUCCCAAAAGGCCUGACUUGCUGCGCUCUGAUGGAAUCCCGAGUGUGGAGCCUCUCCCAGCCCCCUCUCCUCUGUCUGGCAGCCCCAAGGUCUCCACUCCUCCCGGGAAGGCGCGAUACCGUAGCAAGCCCCGCCAUCGCCGAGCUAACAGCAAGGGUAGCCACAACGAGUUCCCCGGGGUGCUGAAGCCCAGUGUUGGGACAGCUGAGGAGCAGCAGCCCUUACAGCCACAGCACUACCAUCACCAUCAUCACCACCAUCAUCAUCCUCAGCCACUCCCCGAAACCCCUCUCCUGCCCCUUCAGAGCAGAGAGAACGCUGUGGCGACAUGUGCCAACAAUCUACGAUACUUCGGGCCAGCUGCGGCUCUGCGGAGUCCACAGACAGACCACCUGCAGCGACGCAUGUCCGGUUCCAGCCCUGACCUCAUCUCCACCACGAUGGAUGCAGAUUCACGCCAGUCAGCGGGCUCUGGGCCAGGGCCACUCUGCCCCUGCUGCCAGGCUCACCCCUUCCCAGGAUGCCUGCACUGCCAGGUGACACCUCCAGCACCCAGCCACCCGGAGCUGCCCCACUACUCUCUGCUUAGCACGUGUGAGGGCUCACCAACCACAGCAGCACGUGCAACUGACCCAGCAUCGCAUGGAGAGGGCCAGGAGAAAAGGGAGCAGCCGGGGCAGGGGUCUCCACGGAACAGCCUGACCAGCGGCUUACCACGCACCCUCAGACCCCUCAACAAGGCAGGGGAUGAGUCAUCUGAAGAAGAGGAGGGAGAGGUUGACAGUGAAGUGGAGUUUCCACGGCGACAGAGGCCUCACCGCUGCAUGAGUAGCUUCCAGUCGUACUCCACCUUCAGCUCAGAGAACCUGUCCGUGUCAGAUGGAGAGGAGGGCAACACUAGUGACCACUCACACAGCGGACCUCUGGAGGCUCUGAGUGCUAGUCAGGAGGAGCACCUGGACGAGCUGCUCUCACACACACCUGAGAUCCCCAUCGACAUCUCCACGCAGUCUGACGGCCUAUCUGACAAAGAGUGUGCCGUGCGACGGGUCAAGACCCAGAUCUCUCUGGGCAAGCUGUGUGCUGACGAACACAGCUAUGAGAACCCUCUGCACUUUGGGGAUUCGGACUGUGACUCUUCAGAGGCAGAGUGUUCUGACGCCACCAUCAGGAACAAGCAGCCGUGUGCUCCCUCUUCCUGGUGAGCUCCUCCCAUUUAAUCUUGCCUCUUGGGAGGAAACCACCGCAAUAACUGGAGCCUGCUGUAAACAACCACAUCCGAUGCCCUGUCCUCUCCCCUCCCUCUGGCUUCAAGCCCCUCCCAUCCAAGUAACCUCAGGCACCUCUGGACUGACAAUGUAGCUAGUGUAACAUUUAUAAUUUAUUUUUCUGCAUUGAGAAAACCAACAAACAUAAAAAAAAUCAGGAACUCUGUACGUUUUGGCAAGGACAAAAACCAACAGUAUGAAUCCUCAGUGGAGCGUGCUGGAUCAGAAUGUUCUGGAAUGAAAGAACUUGAUACAGGGGUACUGAUAUACUUUGUGGGAGCAGUGAAGCAGGAAUCACUGUUUGCAUGAGUGCGUGCGUGUGUUUGUGUUUCUGCGCCCUAGGCUUUCGAACAUAACACCAGAUCAAAAUAGCCAGGAUUGUUCCUUGUCGGGACUGUUGGAUUACUCUGAACCGUAGGAACCUUUAAAACUGACCCCAAGCAGCCAGCCCUGUACUUCUGGCAAAAAUUUGCUAGCUACCUGGUAAAUCUUGAGUUUACAGAAACGAUGCCCUGUCGCCCUGCUGGGAGGUCAGGGUAACUUCAGUUUGAGCACCAGCAUGAACAGCCCCACUCCUCCUUAUUUGUCUGUCCAUCGCUCUCAUCUCCAAAACCGUGGACCCGUGCGGAAUCAUCCCAGGAUGCCUGCUUGGCCUGCCAUCGGAAAAAGCCAAUCAGACCUCUGCUGCUGAGUUCCGUGGACAAACAGGACCACACCCAGCUACUUUUAACGGAGCGCUGAUAGCUCGUGAAACGACACUAAGGGUACUGCAACAGCACACAGUGGAGAUGAUGAGAACGCUUGAAAUCAGUGUUGAAAGUGGAGCAAACCAGUCCAGCUUUCCUCUGACCUCAGGACUGUGCUCAGAAAAGGAUUAUCAGACAGGAGGAGGACAAUAACGCAUUCCUUUUGCUUUCUGUAAUGCGUGGACCAGCAAUGUAUGGACAAGACACAUAAAAAGCCCUGUAACUCUUUCCUCUCAUCUAAUUCUUAUCAGUAGGUUCAUGUAGUUAAUGUGAAGAUGCAGCAGCCCUUUAAAACCUCCCUCAGGACUCUAUUGUUUUUGUCCAGUUUGCUUGUGUCAGUGGAGUGAAACUGAAUGUGUAGUGUACUGGGAGAGAGCAUGGCAGAAGCACACACCCUCAGAUGCACUCCACUGUUUCUUGAAAGGUUGUGAUUGAAUCAGCAAUAAUGCAGGAUCCUGCUCAGGCUUAGGAGAAUCUAGCUCAGGAGGACUGUCUAGCUGGCUGGACAGGUGCACUGGCAAGUUGCAGUGAAACAAGGUAGUUAUAGAUAAGCCACUUUUUUAAAAAGGCCUCUAUUUUUUUUAAUCUUUGAGUUGAGUUGAAUAACCAGUUAAAAAAGGAAAAAGAACAAAAAAAUCCUGCAUUUUGAUUGUUAAUGCUCAGGUUAAGUUAAAAAUGCACAGUGCAACUCUUCUCUUCAGCGUGCUAGCAAUGAGUCUCCACUAGGGGGAGACGGAUCUGUCCGUUUUGUCUCUCUAAAAGAAAAACUACCAACAUUCCUUUUUUAUAUUCCUGUGAACCACUGGACACAUUUCCUUUACUAGCCAAACUCCAUCUUUUUUGUCCCUAUAUAAGGGAUGCUGCAUCUUUAAUCAUUACUACUGUAUUGUCUUCAUUUUACCUUUGUGUGUUUUUGGUGUGUGUGCGUGUAUGUUUGUGUAAUAGUAUGUCUAUUAGGAUGGCCAGUCAACCUAUAUGUAGAAGAAGUCAUGUCUCACCCAUGACCCUUGAGAGAUGGCAAAUGAGAGAAACUGUGAAGGACAUUAUUUUUUCCUCCAAAUUUACAUUUGAUGUAAAUGGGGUUUGUAAGUCUAAGUCUUGCCGUUAAAGGUCCUGUUGCUGCAGGGAUGCAUUUGCAGCAAAUGAACAAAGCAAAUCUAAGGCAUACACUGUGGAGUCUGCAAAACUCUGCCGGUUUCCUUUAUUCCUUUUGAGAACCAGCCAUUAUUGUUUUCUGUUAAUAUUCUCUGACCAGCAUGGUUGGAAUUGGAUGAACUUGAUCUCGGUCUGAAUGAAAUGGACUUUGAGUGCUGUUUGUGGGAAUAGUCCUGUAAAUGGUGAGCCAGGACAACUUGUGGGCACACACCAACCUCAUUUUUUUUCUUGUUUACGUAUUUUAAUCAACCGAAAUCAGACGUGGUGUUGAUGGUGAAGAACAGUGUCUUCACAGCUAAAACACCGUAACAGCUCCUGUAAAGUAUGAUUAUUUGUUGUGUUAAUUUAAGUUAAUUUAAUUGAAUUUUCCUUCCUUUUCUUUUUGUAGCUGGCCUACACGAUCAUUGAAUUAAUUUAUUUUGGACUACUAGUAUGUUUAGAAGCAGAAUCUGUUUUCCUGGAAUUAUUUGGAACUUUAUGCUCAUAUCGUUAUUAACUUGUGAAGUAUUUCUAGAGGGAGAGCACACAGUCCAACUCUGAGUGAAUGGCUUUGUCAUAACUGGAGAUGGAAAGGGUUUGACUGCAUUAUAAUACAUACCCAAAGAAAAGUAAUAAGGGUUAAAAAUUAUGACAAAGUGUUCAUAUAGAGGAUGGAUGGAUGGGAUGGAUGGUUCAUAUAGAGGACAGUCUUAAUUGGUAGGGUUGACAGUACAUAUGAAACAGAUGAUAAAGUAUUGGCCUGCUUCACUGGCCUGCUUCGUUGGCCUGUGGUUAGGAUCUGACUGCUGUUUUCAUAAGUUCAGUUUCAUAAAUUCUUGCAGACCUAGAGUAAUACAAUCUGCUACACGUUCUAGUUUAAAAGAUGAGAAAGGAAAGGUAAAGUUAGCUAAACUUGCUGAUGUGACCACAAAAGUCCACAGCCAGUCUUUAUCAGUGAGUUAGCAGCACCCAGCAGUCACAGUAUCAACCCUUGUUAAAUUAGCACAUGCAGUUUCAGUAACAUGAUUAGCUGUUACUGAGUAAAAAAGAGACACUGACUUGCAUAAGCUUGAACAUUUUGCUUAUGAUGUUGGCUUUAGUGAAUAAGCCCAAUAGUCUGCAAACGGUCAGUCCGAUUCUUACCAUGAGGGCCUUCUUAUUGGUCAGUCAGCACAACACCUAACUCUCAUUAGGCUGUAAUGAAAACAGAACAAUGUGUUAGUAUUAGCUGAUGCAGAUUGGAUUCUGACAGGAAAAGUCUUGUAUUUAAACCAGGAAGAUAAUGGAACUGAACAAUAAAAACUAUUUACAGGCAUCUCUAUCGCCUUUCCUCAGCUCUCUCUCUCUCUCUCUCUCUCUCUCUCUCUCUCUUUCUCUCUCUUUCGCUGUGCAUUCAUCUCAUUACUCCUCCUCAAAUUUCUGUGAAUUUUUUCAACUAAUACAUAAACAGUUAUUUUGUUAUUAACUAUUUUUGUGCAGGAUGUGUUCAACUCUAAGCUAUUUUUUCCUCCUCCAGUAUGUUUCUUACUCAUGCCCUGCCUUCCCUUCCCUUAUCUUGAAUGGCAUUAUGAUCAACCAAUCCUGACGGUUUCCUGUAUUAGCCUGUGUACAGUGCAAUGGGAGCAAGAAGGAAUAAAAAUCAAAGCAAACAACUGCAUGGAAUAAAACGCUGAUGUACUGUACCGAA